UAGUUUUCCUACCUGUCCGCUUUCACAUUUCCUACGUCAUUUAUAAACCCAUUGUUCUCCCCUUUUAUCUUCCCAUCUCUUUCUUGUGAGACAUGUCCAUAACCCAUUUUUCUUCACAAAACUUUCAGCAGAACUAUUUUUUCAGUGAACACUACAAUUUCAUGGAAGAAUCAUCUAGAAAUUCUUCGUCUCCUCCGAAGCAAAACAGCAAUCAAUUAGAAGAAAUUGAAAUCCCCAAAGAGCAUUUGUUCGAGAAGCCAUUAACGCCGAGCGACGUUGGGAAGCUCAAUCGAUUAGUUAUCCCAAAACAGAACGCGGAAAAGUACUUUCCUCUUAAUGAUUCGAUUAAUGAUUCAGGUGAAAAGGGCUUUUUACUAAGUUUUGAAGAUGAAUUGGGGAAAUUAUGGAAGUUUCGUUAUUCGUAUUGGAAUAGUAGCCAGAGCUAUGUAUUGACUAAAGGAUGGAGCCGUUUCGUGAAGGAGAAGAAAUUAGAUGCCGGUGAUGUUGUUUUGUUUGAGCGACAUCGGGUUGACGGUGACCGGCAAUUUAUUGGAUGGAGGAGGAAGAACGGUGACGCCGUCGCUGCCGCUGCUGCAACCACCGUCGCUCCGCCGGGAGGUGGCGGUGGGUGGGGGCAGGUGCAUCCGUUUCCGUCGGCAGGUGUUCCGUACCAAACCGACUUUCUUCACGCAGGUAGAGGAGUAAUGCACAACCAAUUAACAACACCAAAUGGGAACAACACAAGGAGGCAAGUAAGGUUGUUUGGUGUGAACCUAGAAUGUGAGGUUGAUGACUCGUCUUCAUGGUCUGAGUCAUCAACCCCAGAUGGUUCAAUAUCAUCGAACCAUCACCAACAAAGUCAGGAGUACUAUCAGUCACAAGCUGGUCAACACUAUUACCAAUACCAAGUCCAUUAUUCAAAUCCUCAUGCUACUCCUCCAGCUUCAUCCUAUAAUAAUAACCAUCAUUACAACACGGAUAUGGAUCACUCAAGAGAUGUCAAUCAGAUGAGAUAUCACCAGGGAUAAGAUCUGUGGAUGUGACAUAAGGAUUGACCAUUAUGGGCCACUUGGAAUAUAAAAAACAAGCAAUUAAAAGAAAAUUCAAAAGGGAAAUUAAAAUCCCAGAUUUUCUGGCUACUUGCUCUCCCAAAAAGGUGAUGUAAAUCAACUCCAAGUCCAGGGGGAAAGUAAAUGAAAAGAAAUUGGAACUUUGAAAGAAACAUCAGUGUUUUCAGGGGGUGGGUAGUUGGACAGCUGAGGUGGGACAUCCAAGUAUAGAUUGACGUAAACAAACGCCCAAAUGAGGCCGUUUGUUUACAAAAAUCUAGUCGAUCCCAGCUUGUUUGAGAUUGAGACAAAGUCGUAAUUGUUUGUUUACAACAAUUUCAAGAAUAUAUAGAUAAAGGAGUUUUUUUUUUUUUU